AUGGAUAUAAUAGAAGGAAUUAAUGUGCUUGACGAAGCUGAGGAAGUGGGACAAAGUACUCGUAAAAAGACAAUUCGAAAAAAAAAAAUUAUAGACUUGGCUGAAAAGGCGCGAGACGAAUUUGCUUCUGAAUUUGGAUACAUUUUCAUGGAUUUUCUUGAAGACUUUUAUGAAGAAGGAAAAGAUCCGGAACAUCGUCCAUAUUUACAACAGUUGCAGACCUUACAUAACACGAACAGGCGCACUUUGUAUGUCGAUUUCAGACACCUCAAUCGUUACAAUAAAUCAGUAAACUUGGCGAGAGCCAUCACUGAACAGUAUUACAGGCUUGAGCCGUAUAUUCGAAAGGCCGUGGAACUUCUUAUGAAUAUAUAUUUUCCACAAGAAAAUGAUCAAAAGAAAGGGAUUUCCGAACGAGAGGUUAAUUCCAAUGUUCGACGUUCCGAAAACAAUGAUGAUAAUAAUAAUACUGGGAUCGUUCCAGUACAAGACGAACCUAAAGCUUUGGAAAAAUCUUAUGACUUAGAAUAUUCCGUGGCCUUUUAUAAUAUGCCUCAUCAACAUCGUAUCCGCGACAUAAAAACAGAUAAAAUAGGAACUUUGAUGAGUAUUUGUGGUACUGUAACCAGAACGAGCGAGGUGCGGCCGGAAUUACUCUACGGAAAAUUUAUUUGUCAAGAAUGUAAAGUCGAAGUAUCCAAUGUGGAACAACAGUUUAGAUAUACCGAGCCUACGAUGUGUCAAACGCCAACGUGCAACAACCGAACUGCGUGGGCACUCAAGAUUGAUGAAUCCAAGUUUACCGAUUGGCAGAGAGUUAGAAUUCAAGAAAAUCCAAAUGAAAUACCUACCGGAAGUAUGCCUCGAACGAUCGAAGUCCUCCUUCGACAUGAAAUGGUUGAGAAGGCAAAACCGGGUAAUAAAUGCGUUAUUACGGGCACUCCGCUUGUCGUCCCUGAUAUCACUCAACUUGGUGUUCCAGGUGUUGGAGCAGAGGUGCAACGUGACGCGCGCAAUAAUCGUGCAAAAUCGUCUGAUGGAUUGGCCAAUGGAGUAACAGGCUUAAAGGUUCUUGGUGUUAGAGAUUUAUCUUAUAAAAUAUCAUUUCUUGGCUGCACUGUACACACCGUUGAUGCAAGGCUUGAUUCGAAUUACAUGAUAGCGGAUCCUGAUGAAAUUGAUGACGAUCCAAAAACAUAUCUUCAGAAAUUAAGCGAAGAAGAUAGACAAGCCAUAAUUGAAAUGAGUCAGAGAGAUAAUAUUUUCGAAGAGCUUGUAAAGAGCAUCUCACCUAAUGUCUUUGGACAUGAGAUUAUAAAGAAGGGAGUUUUGCUUCAGCUUUUGGGUGGUGUUCACAAAAAAACACCUGAGGGCAUAAAUCUUAGAGGGGACAUAAACGUCUGUAUCGUUGGAGAUCCAAGUACUAGUAAAAGUCAAUUUCUCAAAUACGUUUGUCAGGUACAUCCUCGCGCUAUAUUUACUUCUGGUAAAGCUUCUUCUGCUGCUGGUUUGACUGCUGCAGUUGUUAAAGAUGAAGAAUCCGGUGACUUUACAAUAGAGGCGGGCGCCCUAAUGUUGGCUGACAAUGGUAUUUGUGCAAUAGACGAAUUUGAUAAGAUGGAUAUCUCUGAUCAGGUUGCUAUCCAUGAGGCUAUGGAACAACAAACUAUUACUAUAGCCAAAGCCGGCAUUCAUGCAACAUUAAAUGCCCGGACAUCAAUACUAGCAGCUGCGAAUCCAAUUGGUGGUAGAUAUAAUCGAAAGCUUUCCCUUAGGCAAAACAUUGCCAUGUCUGCACCUAUCAUGUCACGAUUCGAUCUUUUCUUUGUCGUUCUAGACGAAUGCAAGCCAGCUAUAGAUCAAAUGAUUGCCGAACAUAUUGUGGGUACACAUAGAAAGGGAGAUGAUAACAUUAAUCCACCAUUUAGUACAGAAUCUCUUCAAAGAUAUAUUCGGUUCGCGAGAACUAUUAAGCCCAAGAUCACCCCAGAAUCUAGAGCUUUGUUGGUUGAAAAAUACAAAGAACUUCGACUCGAUGAUGCCACCGGUGUUGCCCGAAAUUCUUAUCGCAUUACAGUAAGGCAGUUGGAAAGUAUGAUUCGUUUAUCAGAAGCUAUUGCAAAGGCUCAUUGUGAUUUAGAGGUUAAACCCAUAUACGUUGAAGCUGCAGCAAAACUUAUUCAACAAUCCAUCAUCCACGUUUAUCAUGAUGAUCUUGACCUGGCGUAUGUCGACGAAAACGCGAUGGAUGUAGAGAAUAAUGAAACUCCUGGUGAUGAUUCUGAACAUAAAUCAAACAAGCAAAAAUAUGUCAAAGUGUUAUGGAAAAUGGCACAUGAAGAAUACGAAAAGAUCAAAGAUAAAAUUCUAAGGCAUAUUUUUGAUUUGGAAUCAAAGUCAUGUUCGGAGGUUGAAUUAGAGACCUUGUUUAUGGAACAGCGUGAAGGCACCUUACAAAAUGAACUUCAAAUCGAAGAAAAAUGGUUACAGAAAAUACCCAAAGGUUUUCAGCCGGAUGGAAAUGAAAUGGAAGUAGAUGGCGAUGAAACGGUGGAUGAAGACGAUGAAAACGCAGCUGCAGAAUAUGAAUAUACUAUACAUCCAAAUGUGGAUUUGAGUUAUUUAAACGAGAACUAA